AAGAACAGUUUUCUAUCUUAUACAUAUUAUUUAUUUGCAUAUAUUGUUAAUCAUUUCAGUUAAUUAAUAGUUCCAUUAUUAUUGCAGUUAAUAAUUAUAUUCAAGAGUUAUUGCUUUUCCAGUCGAUUACCACAGUAAAUUCAGUUCAUUUUAGGAUCUCAAUUUGACUGAUUGAAGAUAAUUAAUUUUUAACUUUUAAAUCACCAUUCUUCUUUAAUUGGCUGGAUGGAUAAAAUCUGAGUCAGUCUUACAUCUCCUUCAACAAAACAUUGCCAUUCAGUCAAAUUCAUAAAUAAUUUUGAUGUCUACAUUGCAUAAUUAUCUCUGUGUGUGAAUGAAGAGUAGCAUCUAUAGAUUGUCAUCUAGUUGUCUAUCGUAAUCCCGUUAUCUUGGUUACGGUUACUUUGGUUACUUUCUUAUCUGCUCCCUCUGUUCUCUGUUCUAUUUUUUCCUGAUAUAUAGGGUUUAUCUUCACAGCAAGAGUACAUGAUAACAAUAUCGUUAUUUCCUCUAAUUUUUUAAAAUCAUGCUCUCGUUCUUUUCUGUGUCACAAUCAAAACGAUUAACCGCUCAUUUUUUGUAUCAUUAUUUUUCCUCAGCAUGCAGUUCAUCAUUACAGUUUUGUUCUAUAUUUUUCUAAUCAACUACACUAUUUCAGAAUAGUUUUAUAAUUCAUAAAGUAACAUCACUUAAUCUGUCCUAACACUUUUCUCUCUAUUCCAACAUUAUUUUUCCUGUAUUUUUAUCAUUAUGAUUAUUUUGUUUUACUGCAUCUUCCCUCAAAACUUUUGUUCUUCAUAUUAAUGGCUGCUACCAAUCCACUAAUAAUUUUCUGUUGUGAUAAAUCUCAUUCAAUUAGAAAUGGUAGUAAAUUGAGCAUUUAUAUAGCUGAGAAACUUCCUUUCUUCUAAUAUUGAGUCAGACAACUGUUUUUCCCCCUUCUCUUCCAUUCAUAAUAGUUAUGGAGCCGAAUUUCACUGGCCAGUUACGAGUAAGAUCAUUGAGUAUUCUCAAUCUCAAAUCAUUGCAUGCAUUCCUGUUUUGUAUUACUCUUUCAAUAUUAUAAUGUUGUUUUGUUGUAUAUGUGUUGGUGUGAAUGUGGUAUGUUUGUCUUUUUUAAACUUGAAUCUUUUAAUUUUAAGCUGCCUAGUUUUUGCCUUUUUCUUCUUAUUCUCUGCGUCAUUAAUGCCCAAUCUAUUCUACAACUUGAAUGACACAGCAGUAUAACGAUGCUGCCGCACUGAGCACCGGCGAGCUGCUUAGGCGGGCGGUCACUCCAUUUCCCGGCCGACUGAAGAUUGCUCAUGUGAAUGCACAAUCCCUCCUCUGUCACAUCGACGAAUUCAGGCAUGUAUUCGGAGGCCAGGAUUGUGACGUUGUCUUGGUAUCGGAGUCUUGGCUGAAACCUGACGUUUCAAAUAGGCUUGUGGAACUUGAUGGGUAUGUACUCCUUCGUAACGAUCGCUUACAUAAAAACGGUGGAGGUGUUGCUGCGUUUGUUAAGCGCGCCUUGCUGCCGAGUCAUAAGUAUUCAUCCGAUUCAUCGAUUCCAAAUAGACCCGAAUACAUGUUCCUUGAAAUUAAAUCUCAUAAUGUUAAAAUGCUGAUUGGAGUAUGUUAUCGACCACCUCAUAUAGGAUUCAUGAGUGACUUUGGAGAUACCCUGUUGCGUCUCAUGCUGCCGUACAGCCAUAUAGCUGUAAUGGGAGACUUUAACACUGACUUACUAGGACGUGACACCUAUGACAAGACUCAACUCACGACUAUGUUUUAUACUGGUGGCAUGACCCUGCUCCCCCUCCAGGCGACUCAUCAUACCGCUACGUCUGAUACGCUCUUGGACCUGAUUGCUGUUUGUGAUGAGCGGUCGGCUGUUGGCCAUGGGCAGAUCCCUUUCCCUGCACUGUCUGCUCAUGAUAUGGUUUACCUUGUAUAUGGCUUAAAAAGUCCCAAACAGAAGCCAAAAAUCAUUAAAUACAGAGAUUAUAAAAACAUCAACUACCAUGAGUUAUUCAAUGAGGGGAUGACAUUGAACUGGCAAACCAUUUACGCAACUAAUGAUGUUAAUUACAUGGUGAAUGAGUUGCAUAAUGGUGUAUCCUAUUUAUUCAAUAAGUAUAUUCCACUUGUGCAGCGCAGAGUGACAAGGGAUCCUGCUCCAUGGAUUUCAAGAGAAAUACGUCGGAUGAUGGCCGAGCGUGAUCGGUGUAGUAGAGUUGCACGACGCACAAAGAGCUCUGUGGAUUUCAAUAGCUACAAGCGAAUGAGAAAUUUGUGCAAGCAGACCAUCAGAAACGCCAAAUCCAGAUAUUUCCAAAAUCUGAUCUCCUCUGCUGGUUCAUCUGCUUGUAAGUGGCGUAGACUGAGGUCUCACUGGACGAUCUCAACAACUUUUUUACUGACAUACCUGUUGGCUUGGAUCGUGCCCAUGACUACAUCAACUCUUUGCCAGCUCAAGUAACUGGAGAGCCAUUCUACUUUUCA